ACCUCAGCUUUAGACACACAGACAGAGGCGUGCUCUUUCACGUCACACACACACACACACACACACACACACACUGAUUAAUCCAACCCCACAGAGGCACCAGGAUUCAGAGCACAGUGCAGAGAUGCUACCGGCUGGCAGACACUGACAGCAGCAGCAGCAGCAGCAGGCCUGCCAAACUGGUCCGUACACUCUGGACCUCCAGAGCACCGAAAACAGUUCACAAAGGAGACCACUUUGACUUCCCCCGGCAGAAAAAAGAGCCCCUGAGCCUGCAAAAAAAAAAAGGGGAUCUUGACCUUGAACGAGGCGGGAAAAGAAGCGAUCAUAGACCUACUGCUGCAACACGACCCACCGGACAGGGAGACAAGAUGCUGGCUCAAAUCCUGAAGGACAUGUGGGUGGACCCCGAUGUGCUGGAGGCCCUCGGUGAGGAGCAAAAGAAGAUUCUCUUUUUGAAGAUGAGAGAAGAGCAGGUACGCCGCUGGAAAGUGCGGGAAGAGAAGGAAGAAAAAGAAGGAAGGGACAACAGGGACACAAGGCCCAAGAAAGCUUCGAGCAAACAAGUGAGCUGGCUCCUCAGUCGGGACGGCGAUGUGAGCGUGACGGUAAUCGGAGAGGUGGAUGAAUUCAGGUCCUCCAAAGUCCUGCAGAACCACAUGAACAACAGGCUCCUCGGUGACAGCACGAAAUGCAUCCAGAAGGUGGACGUGCUGCCAGGAAGUGAUGCCCAGCAGCACAGCAUCAAAGGCGACGCCAAGCUCCCUCUCACAGAUGUUAAUGAGAAUCCAGCUUCACCACGCAACCAGUCAUCUGGGGAAGAGGACUGCAGCGCUGAUGAGGACCCAAAGGACCCCAACGGAGACGUUAACAGCGAAUCGGGCGGCGGCUCAGAGAACGUCAGCGAGCUGAACCUCGUCUACAGGCCCCAUUUUCGUAGGAAUGGCAAGCGGCUGCCAAAGAGCAAGCUGACAGACGCGGAGACAGUGGCCCCACCUGACAGAGAAACUCUGUCGUGCAGGGAGACGUCAGAGAACGAAGUUUGUGUGGCUCAACUCAGGAAGGCGUUCGCAGACGAUCCCCGCAGCAAAGCACCUGCCUGCAGCAAACCGCCCAUACCUGUCAAACCGGCUCAUCUACUGAAAAGAAGCACAGCGCUGGUCCAUUAAGACUCGCCACGUUUCCACCCUGCUGUACGUCAACAGCCUGACCCCUGAGGAGUCGGAGGUGACGCAAACGCUGCAGCUCAUUUGCGCUCCGGCGGACCCGAGCUGAGGACAAAUACACGGCGAAACCGACGCUUCCCUUUUUUCUUUUUUGAACUUGUCCGAGACCUAAUUUAAAAUUUCCACCUGCAGACGGGGAAGCGUCUGCGAAAGGGGAGCGGGGACUGUGCACUGAAGUCAGACUUAAUGGGGAACCUAAAAUGCUGUGAUGUUGAGUUGAAUUUCUGACUCCUGCAUUUUCACGGCAUGUCACUGGGGGACAUGUCCACGGGAAAGAGACACAAACACAGUGCUGAAUGGAAAAACUGUGCUUUUCCACCCGGGACGGUUUGAGCUGCAGUGGGAAACCCGAAAAGCAUCGAUCAAUCUCUCAUAUUCUCCUCCGUGUUCACAUAACUUAUCUGUGCUCUGGACUUUACUCUGGUUUCUUUUCAGGGGAUCAAAUAAAACUACUGGAUUCACA